AUGUUGAUGUUUUGGUGCCGUCGUCGGCCGGACUCAGGCACACGAGUGCCGCCCUCGGCCUCCCUGAUCGCCUGCCCCGACUUUGUUGCUGGUGACAUCAUCAGGUGGGGCCUGCUGCCUGGCAUGCUCAACGCGGCGCUCACCACCUACAUCACCCGCGGCAAGGAGCCCUGGACACUGAAGACCAGGCACCCGGACCACGAGGCGCUGCGGCCGGCCAAGGACUGCCCUCGGAUAGAGUACCCCAAGCCGGACGGCACCCUCACAUUUGACAUCCCCACCUCCCUGUUCAGGCGCGUGCCCUGGGGCGGGGGCACAGCACUCGCGUCUGGCACCAACCACGACCACGACCAGCCGCCCCACCUGGUGCUGUCCAGCCCCGGGGUGCCAGAGGUGGUCAACCUGCCCUUCUACGCCGGACCAGAGGCUAGGUACUGUCCAGCCGGCGUGUACGAGUAUGUGGAGGAAGAGGACACUCCCGGUAGCAGCAGCGGCAGCAGCAGCAGCAGCGGCGGCGGCAUCACCACCAGCAGCGGCAGCAGUAGCAGUGCAGCGGCUACAAGCCGCGAUGUCGCGGAGGGCAGCGGCAGUGACGAGGGCAGCAGCAAGGGCGGCCGCCACCUGCGGCGGCAGCGGUUGCAGAUCAACGCGCAGAACUGCCUGCACUGCAAGGCCUGCGACAUAAAGGACCCGCGGCAGAACAUCAAGUGGACCGUACCAGAGGGUGGCGGUGGCCCAAACUACUCGGUCAUGUAA